UGCGUUCAAUUUGUCAUAUCCGUACGUGUCUUUGUAUUGGUAGUCGAAUUAAUUGGGAUUUGCUAACGUGAGAUAAGUCAUGUGUAAUUGUCGCCUUUUGUGAUUAAGUACAUUGUGAAAUGGAUGCAUGGGGAACUCUAGAUAUAGGAGCCGCUGCUAUCGUCAGGGAAGACUUGAAUAGUAGUUUCAGGAGGGCAAAGAAACUUACAAUCGAGAAACUGCCAGAAACAAUCCUUUGCCACAUCUUCAGCUACUUAAGCCACAAAGAAAUAUGUCGAAUGGCAAGAGUGUGCAUGAAAUGGCGUCGUGUAGCUUACAACACUUCUCUUUGGAAGAACGUUUCACUCCGCCCAGAAAUUUCAGGACUACAUGUUGGAUCUCUAGAGUUCCUUCUCUCCUUGAUCAGCAUCAGGUUCGGCCAGUCUUUGCGAUAUAUCGAGCUACCAAUUGAAUUGAUCACCCACACGGUUCUACACGAACUGGCAAACAAGUGCCCCAAUUUAACUCAUAUGCUACUUGAUUUCUCCACGGCUAUGCAGCUUCAUGAUUUUAGCGAGCUCCAAGCCUUCCCCACUAAACUGAAGUACCUGUGCAUUUGUCUAUCUGAAGUUAUAUUUAUGGAAGGUUUCAUGAGAAAAAUCUACAACUUCAUAAAUGGACUGGAAAUACUUCAUUUGAUCGGCACGUAUGAGAAAGUCGAAGAAGAAGAGGAAGAAAUAUAUGAAGUCAUCAACGUCCACAAGCUCAAGUCUGCUACGCCAAAUUUACGAGUUAUUAAUCUAUAUGGCAUUAAUUUUGUGGACGACAGUCAUAUAGAUGCUUUCAGUUCAAACUGUAUUCAGCUGGAAUGCUUGGCAGUUAAUUUCUGUAAUAAAGUCACAGGAUCCACGAUGAAAACUUUGUUUCAACGCAGCAGGAGAUUGAAAUGUUUACUGAUGAACGGAACGAACUUACAGAGUGAAUAUCUGAUGCAAGUUGAAUGGGAAAAGUGUUCUGUGCAGGAACUUGAUAUAACAGCAACUGACUUAUCCACAGAAUGUCUUCAAGAUAUGCUCACUCGGCUACCUGGCUUGAGAUUUUUGAGCGCUGGACAACUGAACGGAUUCAACGAUUCCGUUUUGAAAACUUGGAUGGAGGCAGGGAAUCCCAGAAAUCUGGUAGCUUUGGAUUUGGAAUGUUCAGACAAUUUGAGUGAGGAAGCAAUAUACAAAUUUCUGUGCAAGCAUGGCCACCAGCUCUGGGGACUGGGAUUAGCUGGUAUGACACAUAUAACUGAUUCCUUGUGGCAGACCGUUUUACCAAUUUUGACAAAUGCAAAGAUUUUGAUUAUGGGGACGCAAGAACGUCUAGGGGUGAACAUACUUGUUGAUCAGCUGAUGGACAGUAUUGCUAGAAACUGUCCAAAUUUGGAAAGAAUAGAAAUGCGAUGGGAUCCAGAAAACUUGAGAUUUUCGGACAAGAGCCAAAAAGCUAUCGAUACAAUCAGAGUUAAAUGUCUAAAAUUGAGAUGUUUGUGCCUGAGUGAUGGACGAUACUAUGAAGUGGUCACAGCCAACUUUGAACGAGCAGAUAGAAUGACUGUAGUUAGAACAUUAACAAAUUGCAGAAUUUCCAAUUACUAUUUACUAUUGAAUUAUAAAGAUUUGAUUUUCAACUGAAUGAUUACAAAUUCUAAACUGAAAAUAUUUUAUUAGUCUAUAACACAUUUACAGGACAGUUCCGAAACUUGUGUACAAUAAUUUUCUGCAACUAUAAACUAGAAUUGGAAUAAAUUAUGGAUAGAAAAAAGUAGUGGCAUUUACAUUAUCUGUACAAUAAGUUAUAUACAAAAGUAUAUUUUCCCAAUAAAGAUAAUCAAUACAAGUUGUAUUCA